AUGGGAAGGCUCUUGGAAUACUCGAACGCAGAAAGUUGGGUUCAACACUCACCCAAACGCUUCAAAUUCGACGACUUUUUCCCAGAACCAGAGAUUUUGUACAUGGAAACCGAGCCGAAGGGCUUGACAGAGAAUUCUGGUGAAAGCAAUCAAGAUUCAGACAAUGAAGUGCAUCAGAUUUCCUCUGACGUGGCCAAAGAUUCACAAAAGGACAGAAACCAGAAUCCACCGAACUUGACUGAGGGAGCAAGCAACAGGCGGCCCUCCUCCAGCAACAGGAGCGAUGGAAGCCGCAGCUCCUCCAUCAGUGAGCAACAGUUCCAUGCAGGGAUGAUCCUACCUGAUAUGAAAGACUUGGCUCCCGAAUCUGGCGGGCAGAAUCCUUAG